GAACCCGUGGGAAGAGUCUCAUGUGAGAAGAGGCGUUCCGACCGAGUUUGCUACCCCCCCCCCCCCGUCGAGGGGGAGGGUACGGUUGCGUCAUGUGGUACGCGCCGCCGACGUCGUUGUCGGCGAGUCCACGCCUCCUCAAACCGGGGUCCACCCACAACACAAGCCCGUAUCGCUUCGCAUAACGCAUCGACAAUGGCAGACCAAGCGGCCGACACCUCUGCUCCCGUAGCUCCCUUAGAUCCCGCUGCACCGGCUGAAGCUCUUGCUGAAGCUACCGCUACUAUCGCCGAAGCUGCUGCUACUGAAGCGGCUCCCUCGAAACCCGACGCUGAAUCCACUGAAACCGCCGAGGCUGCGCAAGCCGCCGAAAAUGCUCCUGAAGCUGCUCCUGCUGACGCCGCAGCAGCUGAAGCUGCUCCCGCACCCGAACCCGCUUCCGCCGAAGCGCCAUCUGCUGAGGCUAAGCCGGAUGAUUCUGCUGCUCCGGCAGAAGCUGCUAUUCCUACUGAUUUUGUAACUCCUUCUUCUGAAGCUUCUGCGCCGGCGGCGGAGUCUGCUGCCGAACCAGAAGCCCAUAAGGAAGACGCCGCUGAAACAGAAUCUGCUGCACCAGCUGCCGAAUCUGGAUCUGCCGCCGCUGAAGCUGCUCCAGCAGAACCUGAGAAAGAAUCUGAGCCUGCCGCCGCUCCAGCAGAAGCAGCGCCAUCAUCCGAAGCUGCUGCUGAACCGGAAGCUCACAAAGAGGAGGCUGCACCCGCUGAAGCUGCUCCACCAACAGACUUCGCGACACCUUCGGCUGAAGUUGUAGAAAACACGGAACCACGAAAAGUCGAUGAUGCUCCAGCAGAUACUGCCGCAUCAGCUCCAGAAUCAGAAACUAAGAAGGAGGAGGAAGCACCUACGGAAGCUGCACCAGCAGAAGCUGCUGCGCCAGCUUCAGAAGAGGCUACGCCAAGAGAAACUGCUUCCGAACCAGAAACACACAAGGAAGAAGCUGCACCGACGGAAGCAGCUCCUCCAACCGAUUUCGCGACUCCUUCAGCUGAGACAUUAGACGAAACAGAGCCACGCAAGGUAGAAGACGCUGCCGCAGAAGCUGCUCCAGCAGCUGCAGCUGAAGAACCAGCAGCAGAAGCUGCUCCAGCAGCUGCAGCUGAAGAACCAGCAGCAGAAGCACCAAAAGAAGACGCGCCUGCCGCUGAGGCUGCUCCAGAGAAACCUGCGGAAGCUGCUCCGGCGAACGCUGCUAUUCCCACUGAUUUUGUAACUCCUUCUUCUGAAACUUCUGCACCGGCAACGGAAGCUUCUGCCGAACCCGAAGCCGAGAAAGUAGAAACUGCUCCAGCUGAAGCCGCUGCACCAGCGGCUGAAGGCGCUCCUGCAGGUGAGACUGCUCCAGCUGCUGAGGCUCCAGCUGCUGAAGAAGCAGCUCCCGCCGAAGCUGCAAAACAAGAAUCGCAACCAGAAGCUGCUCCUGCAGCGGAAGCAGAAGCUGCUCCUGCAGCGGAAGCAGAAGCUGCAAAAGAAGAACCUUCUCCUAUUGUGAACGCUCCAGUUGCGGAAGGACAGGCCGACCUUGUCGGAGAAGCUGAGGCUGCCGCUACCGCCACCGAAGGAGAUUCCGCUCCUGUGGUCGACGCUGCGCUACAGCAAGCUGCACCAGCCGCAGCCAGUUAAACAUAUUUGAUUGUUGAUUGUAUUACUGUACAAAGUGCCGGAUAAAGUUUGGUAUGAAAAUAGGGGUUUAUACUUUAUUCA